AUGACAGCAGAGAAAACAGUUGCCAGAAAUCAGCCGGUUAUUCAGUCCCUCCAAGGCUUCUCAGGAAGGAAGAUGGAUCUCUCCAUGGUGAUGCUGACAUUUGUGAUCUGCUUCCUCCUUUCCCUGGUGGUGCUCAUUUAUCGUGAUGUCCGAAGAACAGAUCUCCCUCCAGGAAUCGAUGGCCCUUUCAAACUCUUCCUAAUUUCCAUUAUGUUACACUCAUCCUUGCGUAUGGGAUCUAUUUUGGAGAAGUUGGGAAUCUGUACAAAACCGACACUCCUUAAAUGGAGUUCCUCUGCAAUGCCAGCAGGGAGCGAGCCCAGACUCUACACUAUCGACACAAAAUUUGACAAUGUGACUGUGAGGAUUUAUCAGCCAAAGGGCCUAUCCACAGGACAGAGAGGAGUUAUCUACCUGUAUGGAGGAGCUGGCUUAUUCGGGAGCAUAAAAGCUUAUCGGAAGCUGUGCCGCUACCUUUCCAGAGAAAGUGAAUCAGUGCUUGUGUGUGUUGGGCAACGUUUGGCUCCUAAGCACCGCUGUCCUACACAAAUCAUGGACUGCAUCACCGCCACUGAAUACUUUUUGAAAAAUGCAAGUGAUUAUGGGGUAGACCCUAAUCGUAUUGUCAUUGCUGGUGACAGCACUGGGGCUGGAAUUGUUCCCCUUGUCUGUCAACAUCUGUUAACGAGAAAGGAUCUCCCAAAGGUCAGAGCCCAGAUCCUGCUCUACCCAAAUAUUCAAACACUGGACUACAACUUGCCAUCUUAUCAGCAAAACCGAAAUGUCCCCAUCCUGUUCACAAAAUGGACUGUUGAAUUUGACCUCAGGUUUAUGAAUGUGAAGCUAGCAUAUUUGGAUCAAGUCCUGAAGGGGGCCCAUGUUUCCGAAGAAAUGAAGAUGAAAUACAAGAAAUGGAUCCAUGCAGAUCAUAUCCCGGAUGAGUUUAAAGUCAGGGGCUACAAACCACCCCCGCCAGUCCCGUUUUCAAAGGAGCUGCACGAAAUGAUGAAGCUUUCUUUUGAUCGCAAACACUGUGCUCUUCUAGUGGAAGAUGACAUUGUGCGUCAGCUCCCCGAGACGUUUAUGUUAACCUGCGAGUAUGAUGUGCUUAGGGAUGAUGGACUGCUAUACAAAAAACGCUUGGAGGACAACGGUGUGCCCGUAACUUGGCACCAUGCAAAGGAAGGAUUCCAUGGGAUUCUAAGUUCAGUUGAUUGGUUCUUUGAAUGGCCAUGUGGAAGGGUGGCAGCAGAGCAUGUAACAAGCUUCAUAAAACAAUUCUGAUCAAAAAUCUGUUCUCUUUCCCGCAUAAAGACCUUUCAUUUUACUGCAUGCAGUGCACUUGAAGAAAGUGUUAUGAAAAUGAUUUACAGAUUGUAUUUAACACCAGCUAAAUUGGCUAAAAUGUACAAGACAAGAACUAACGAGUGCUGGAAAUGUAAGGGAAGGGAAGGUAUCUUUUACUACAAGUGGUGAAGGUAAAGGCUUUCUGGGAAAUGGUAUAUAAUGAGUUAAAGAAAAUGUUUAAAAAUACUUUUUGUUAAAAAAACCCAGAAGCCUUUUUUACUGGGUGUAGUGGGUGAAGAGAUACUAAGGGAAGAUAAAAGACUGUUUAUGUAUGCAACAACCGCAGCAAGAAUUCUUUUAGCCCAAAAAAUGGAAACAGCAAGAAGUACCAAUGAAAAGGAGUUUCAGAUGAGGAUGAUGGACUUUGCAGAACUGGCAAAGCUGACAGGAAAAAUCCAAAACCAGCACGAUCAAGUAUUCCAAAAGCAUUGGAGUAAAUUUAUACGAUAUUUGAAAGAUUAUUGUAAGCAAUUAACAUCACUAGCAGGGUUGUCCAAUGACCUGUAGUGAGAAAUUUUCUACCUUUCUAUUUUUAUUUAAAUUUUGAGACAUUCUGUAAUAAGUCUAAUUAGAAUUAGAAUUGAAAAACUUAUAAAUAGCAGUGAUAUAAAGGUUAAUUUCGAAAUCCAUGAGGUGGAAGGGAAAGAAAUCGACGGGCUCUAAAGAGCCAGGGCGGUAUAGUGGAUAAUGACGAUGUGAAUGUAUAACAUUAAAUGGAAUAAUAAUAAUAAUAAUAAUAAUAAUAAUAAUAAUAAUUAAUAAUAUACCUCUCAUCCAACUUUAGGGUGCCUCAUUUAGGGCUGUAGAAUGCGCAUAAUUCUGAAAAGGAUUCCUUAUUUGUGAUUGCUUGUGUGUUGGAACCGGUCUGCCAAUAUAGUAUGUUACGUUUGGCCUAAUCUCAGAGAGUUAUAUAUAAAAUGUUUGUCCUAAGCAGAGUUGUUGGCAUCUGUCUUGAAAGACAAAGGAGUGCACCUCCGAGGAUGAAGUCGAACCAAAGCGAUCUCUCUGGGGCGCAAGCCUGGGCGAUGCAUGUGGAGGUCCUGGACCGCCUAGACGACAAGACCUCCCUCUUGGCCUCGCUGGUGUGGUCCAAAGGAAAGCAGAGCAAUACGUUUGUCACCAGCUUGGCUGCAGGAGUUGCUGGAAAGAGGCGGAGAAGGACCCAUCUAACCUAGGGUUACCAGAUGUCCCCGGGUUCCGGGGACAGUCCUUAGAUUUGCAAAUCUGUCCCCGGACAAAUUCCGUCCCCGGA